GGCCCCGCUCCCGGCCCGUCAUUGGCGGCCCCGCGGCGCUGGGAGCGGGCGGGGAGGCGGGAGCGGCCCCCGCAGAGCCGCCGGCCCGGCCAUGUGCCGACAGGGGCGGCUGCUGCCGGCUGCCUGCUCCGCGCCCGCCGCUGCCGCCCGCCUCCUCAGCCUCCUUGCUUAUUUUUAAUAUAUAUCUAUAUAUUGAUCGUUAUUUCAUUUUUUAGAAUUUUUUUUAAAAAAACCGUUUAUUUUGGUAUUGAUGCUCUCCGAGAGGGAGACUUCGGGAGACGCGGUCCUCACCUGAGCGAGCCGGCCCCAUUCCCCCGUGUGAAGGCUGUUAAUGGAGAAGAGGGCGGAUGACAGCCGGGACCGUGGUCAUCACAGGUGGAAUAUUAGCGACUGUCAUUUUACUCUGUAUCAUCGCCGUCCUCUGCUACUGUAGGCUCCAGUACUACUGCUGCAAGAAGGAUGAAUCCGAGGAGGACGAGGAGGAGCCCGACUUCGCCGUGCACUCGCACAUCCCUCCGCUGCACUGCAACCGCAACGUAGUGCUGACCAACGGCCCCUCGCUCUACUCCUCAUCCCCCUUCGCCAAAAAACCAGCCCAGAGCCGGCCCAGCUGCCCCAGCUGCGCUCCCUACGAGCCCCCAACCUCCUUCCUCCAAGAGCCCCCCACCUCCUUCCUCCAAGAGCCCCCCACAUCCUUCCUCCAGGAGCCCACCACCUCCUUCCUCCAAGAACCCACCACCUCCUUCCUCCAAGAACCCACCACCUCCUUCCUCCAAGAACCCACCACAUCCUUCCUCCAAGAACCCACCACCUCCUUCCUCCAGGAGCCCACCACCUCCUUCCUGCAGGAGCCCCCCACCUUCUUCCUGCAGGAGCCCCCCGAGGAGCUGCACAACGGGGGGGACAGGGUGAGCUACAAGACGGUGAGCCAGGAGGACCUGGCGCUGCCCGUGUCCAACCUGCAGGCGCUCAACCCCAACCGGCUCUCGGCCAUGCGGGAGGCGUUCUCCCGCAGCCGCAGCAUCAGCACCGAUGUCUGAGCUGCCGCCGGCCCGCCCAGCCCCAGGGGCAUUGGACAGCGGGGAGGACUGGCUGCAGUUCGUGGAGGAGUUUUGAAUAGGGAAAAAAAAAAAAAAAGCCAACAACAACAAAAAGAAGUGAAUGUAUUUUGAUGGGUAAUUUGUAUUUUGUGGUGUAAAGGGGGAGCAGAGCAAACUCAAGUGAGGAGUUAGGGGGUGCAGCUGGAACGGGAGGUUUACCACUGCUGUGUUGCUUGGUUUUUUUUCCUUUUAUAAAGAGGAUUUUGAUACUGAGCAUCCUUUUCUAUGGAGGAGCUGCCCCUCCUUGCCACUGGGCCGGGGGUGAUGAGCGAAUGAUGGGGCUCAUGGGGGGCUGAAAACGGCUCGUGCUGCAGGUCAGCAGCAGCUGCUGGCGUGACCUGGGGGCCCCAGGGUACCCCAAAGUGUCCUCCGGCCCAGCAAGGCUGUCACUGCCCACCCUUCUGCCAGCCUGUGCUGCAGCCAUGGGGGUGGCUGCGGGUGUGAGCCCUGCAGCAUUCCCAGCCCAUCCCACUGCUCCAGGCAGGCACAGUCCCAGGUGCCAGGCACAAUCCCCUCAGGGUUAGGAUGAUGGCUAGGUCUGUCCCUGGAGCCCCCCAGAGUGGCUCAUGGAGCCCCUGAAGGAGCUGGCCUGGGCGUGUAAAAGCUCUGUGUUACUCAGCGAUGGAAAUAACACACAGCACACCUUGGGAUGGAGGAGUAUCCCUGUGGAUAAUCAGCAUCCCUGCUCCAAGUGGUGCCACACACAGCUCCUGGCUGAGGGCCCCGUGGCACAGGGGUCACCGUGUGGGUGCCCACCCCUUGCAUGCACAUUUUUACACACAUUUAUUUGUUUGGGAGAGGUUUUUUAAACAAAAAUAAAAGGAAAAAAAAGACACUUUCUGCCCCAUCCAGGACAGUGUCAAAACAGUUUUAAAUUUAAACAAAACCCGCAAUUUGCAUUUUCCACUGAGCCAUUUGCCAUGGCUGGGCAGCCUGGCUGUGGCACCAGCUCUGUCCCACGCUGGAUGCAGCAGGGACAGCCCUGGGGGAGCAGCAGGCACAGAGCUGGUCCCAGAUGUGCUGCAAAGGAGCCCCUGGGCUUACUCAGAGAUUUGGGAGAGGAAUUGCAGCACUGAGGGGGUUCCUCCUGCUCUGGUUUCUCCCGGCUGUCUCCACUCCUCCCCUCCGACCUCACCACACUCCGUGUGACAGAACUCCCUGUUUCUCCUGGACUGGGCAUUAUUCAGGUUAAAAGCAUCACCUGGGGAUGGCAGGUGAGGAUGGACUGGCUGCACAGAGACUCAGAUGGCCUCAGGGCUGUGCUCCAGGGGGAUUUUCCUUUUUCAAGAUGUUCUGGGAAGAAGCAGCCGUGCCUGCAGCCCCCGGGGCUCACGGACACUCUUUGGGCUGGGUAUUUUACUUUGAACCACGAGGGCUUUUAAUUCCACAGGAAACCUUUUGAAGUACAAGUGAGUCUUUGCAAAUGAAUAUCUUUGACUUUCUGGGGGGGUUCUGUUUGGGGUGGGGAGGGCUGGGGUUGCUUUCCUACGUGUUUAAUAUUCCGGGCUUGGUCCCUGUGGCCCAGCAUAUCCCAGAGGGAUGCAGCCACUCAGGCCUUGCCCCCUUGUACAGUUCUCACUGGGGUUUGUUCCCAUGCCUUGGGCCCUUCUCUUCCUGUUUCUCGUGAUUUCUCCUACCAGCCUUCCUUUCCUCCUCUUUUUCCCUUGUUUCUUUCCCUUGUAGCUUGGAAAUUCAGCACAUGGUUGGCUUACACUAACCCUCACCUGGUGAUCUGUUGUACAGGACUUUGGGAAUCUCAGAUUUGGGGAGGGAAAAAGUCAAAAAAUUAAAAAAAAAAAAAGAAAUAAAUUACUUUGACAUGG